AUGGCCACAGCUGCCUCCAGCCCCUACACCCUGCUCAGCUCCAGUCCAAUGAUCCACCCGGACAGCCAGGCCAUGCAGCCUGCUAGCCCCUACAGAGGACACCAGAAACUCCUCCAGAGUGACUACCUGCAGAGCGUCCAGAGCAACGGACACUCCCUCGGGCACCAGUGGGCGAGCAGCCUGUCGGAGGGCAGCCCCUGGUCGUCCUCCAUGGAGCAGCAGGACAUCAAACCAGGCCGGGAGGACCUGCAGCUCGGCAUCAUCCAUCACCGGUCCUCGCACGUAGCGCAUCACUCCCCUCAUCACAACAACCAUGGUAACCACCCGGGAGCCUGGGGAACUCCCGUGUCCCACAACUCCUCCAUCACCAGCGGGCAGCAGAUCAACAUCUACUCCCAGACGGGCUUCACUGUCAACGGCAUGCUGGACCACGGCGGGCUCACGCCUCCACCCAACCAGCAGGGCCAAGGCAUGCACCCGGGCCUCAGGGACACGCUCAGCCCAGAGCACAGCGACCUCGGCGGGCACCACUGCCACGACCACUCCGACGAGGAGACGCCGACUUCGGACGAGCUGGAGCACUUUGCCAAGCAGUUCAAACAGCGGAGGAUCAAGCUGGGCUUUACGCAGGCGGACGUGGGGUUGGCUCUGGGCACGUUGUACGGCAACGUCUUUUCCCAAACCACCAUCUGCAGGUUCGAGGCUCUGCAGCUGAGCUUUAAAAACAUGUGCAAACUAAAGCCGCUGCUAAACAAGUGGCUGGAGGAGGCGGACUCGACCACGGGCUGCUCGAGCAGUAUAGACAAGAUAGCAGCUCAGGGGAGGAAGAGGAAGAAGAGGACGUCCAUCGAGGUGAGCGUGAAGGGGGUGCUGGAGACGCACUUCCUCAAGUGUCCCAAACCCGCCGCGCAGGAGAUCACGGCGCUGGCGGACUCGCUGCAGCUGGAGAAGGAGGUGGUGCGCGUGUGGUUCUGCAACCGGCGGCAGAAGGAGAAGCGCAUGACACCGCCGGGGGAGCAGCCGCCGCACGAGGGACCCUACUCGCACAGCGGGAGCGCGGGGGACGCGUCCUCGUGUCACGAUCUCUGACCGAAGCAUCGGGAGGAAUCCCAGCACCACAACCCCCCCCACCCUAACCCCGGCACAGACUCUCGAGCGCACGGGGCGCGAGGCGGCGGCGCCUUCCAGUGCGCAGCGCCUGUCCCGGUACGGACUCGUCCCAGACGCCUCUCCAGCACUGAAACAAUAACAAGAGAUACCCGUCCAGCCUUCGUCGUUUUUCUAACUGUCAUGAGGGCAUUACUCUAUUCUAUAGCGGCAUAUCACACGUCACAUUUCACCUGUUCUUUUUUUUUGGAGCCAAAAUGAUUUUCUACAUCACGGAUCUAAAUACAAAAUGUGCCUAUAUAAUGAUAACCUGCCAGCGCCUUUGGUUUGUGGUUUGUGUCACCAUUCUCCCAUCAGCUCGAUAAUAAUGACCGUGUGGGGACUGAUGCUUUUUGACUUGUUUUGGCUUCUCUCUCACGCACACACACGCACAUGCACACCUACACAUUUACACACACACACACACACACACACAAAGACACACGCACACACUUGGCCUGUGCUGUAUGAUCAGCGGAGUGAAACUGAUAAUAAUAUCACUUUUCUUAAUUGAUUUGUUGCAGCACCAGAGGCCAUUUUACAGUCCACCUCGCGCUUCCCUACGGGCUUAUACACGACGCUUUAGUUCUCUGCAUAUUUACAUUUACAACAUACUCUCAGCAGAUCUGUAAUUAUUAUUAUAUUUUAUUAUUAUUGGUGCAUAUGCAGACACGGGCCUUCAUUCCAGAUGUAGAGCUACCAACAUAAUAGCACUUGGAGGAUUUUCUUUUAUUUACAUCCUCCCCAAUGGCCUUGUGAAGCAACACACACACACACACAGACAGACACACGCACAGUCAGAGCUAUUUAUAAACUCAUUUAUUUGAUUUCAAUCAUCUUCGACCAUACAAACUGUGUGGACUCUGAACCAGAGCCGAGAGCAGAGACAGAGAGAGGGGCUUGACUGACGCUAUACACCUGCCUAUAAUUUUAUUGUACGUUCACUAUCAAAAAAUCUUUUUAUAAUCUUAAAUACUCCUGUUAUUUGGUUUAUUUUUUAAGUAUUUUUUCGAAUAUUGUACAGUUUUAUAUAUUACCCUUUUUGAAGUCAUUAAUUUAAACAAAUGCUCUUAGUUAUUCAUGCACUUAAUUAGCAAUGUAAAAAAAACAAAAUAUUUUCAGUAAGAUUGAACUGUUUCGGCGGUUUUAUUCCAAAUUUCGAUGAACAGCUCGAGUGAUUAUUUAUUUUCAGUAUAA